CACUCUUUUGAAUUUUGGCUGGUAGAACAGGUUUUGUUCCUUUCAAUGUUUCUAUUUUUUUUGGAUUGAUUAAUUUGAAUAAGAAUGUCAAAAUUACUUACACUGAAACAUAACUCAACCACACCACAUUCGCGGUAAGCGGAUAAGGAAAGAGCGACCAAGACAAUUCAGCUCUUAAAGAACCUGGAACGUAGCAGGAUAAACCCGCUCAGAAUGGGAUCACCUCUGGAGUCGACCACACAGAGUGGGGCUGGAGUUACACGUCGGCCAGACCUGGUUCACUGACCCGCUGUUCAAGAAAGCUUUCAUGGAUGCAUUCUAUGAAGUCCUCCUCAAGACAUUGAAGCCCAGGCCUAGUGAACGUCAACAUUUCCUGAUCUCUCCCCAUUUAAAAAAUACUCAGCAUUUCCGUGUUUUCUACCAAAGUGAACAACUUCAUAUUUUCCAUGUUGUACUCCAUCUGGCAGUUGUUGCUCACUCCCUGAGAGUGACAUCUCUUUGUAUCUUCAGUACUUCUCACAUCCCCACUUAGUUUUGUGUCAUCAGUAAACCUGUUAAUAUUACAUUUGGUUCCUGCAGCCAGAUGCAAACAGUAAUCCUUGCAGUCCCCCAACUGAUAAGAGAAGAUAUCUUUAUUAGUCACAUGUACAUCGAAACACACAGUGAAGUGCAUCUUUUGUGUAGAGUGUUCUGGGGGCAGCCCGCAAGCGUCGCCACGCUUCCGGUACCAACAUAGAGUGCCCACAACUUCCUAACCCAUACGUCUUUGGAAUGUGGGACGAAACCGGAGCACCCGGAGGAAACCCACGCAGACAUGGGGAGAACGUACAAACACCUUGCAGACAGCGGACGGAAUUGAACCCGGCUUGCUGGCGCUGUAAUAGUGUUAUGCUAACUGCUACACUACCAUACCACAUGCAUAUAGAAACUGAAAUAUGAUAGAGAAUUAAACCAACAUUUGGGUGAAUCUCUUUAGGAAAAGCAAAGUCUAAAUCUAAGCUUCACGGGAAAUGGGCUCAAACACUUCAAAACAGGCUAACACUGAGAUGCGAAAAUUGGUCCCUUUCUUCGUAACUGCCUGCAUCUACAUAGUCAUUGGGCACGUAUCCUCGAUACCACUUUGGAUGAAAGGACUGAGCAAAGUCUUGCCAAUCAUCUGUUUGUGUAUUUUUAUUCUGGAGAAUGGAAAACAAUUUGUACAUCAUCACCACAGUGUUCGGAAACUGCUUGUAGGCCUCUUCUUUUCAGCAAUGGGUGAUGCACUUCUUCUUGUGGACAAUCAAGCAAUUUUCAUUGGAGGUGCGGCAAUGUUUGCUCUUGCUCACUGUACCUACACGUGGGCCUUUGGAUUCAAGCCUCUGAAUCUUCAAGCAGGAGGUUUAGUUGCUGUUGCAGUCAUUCUGGGUUUGACCUUUCUCGGCAUGUGCUCAAACCUAUAUGAUGUGCUGCUGCUCAGCUGCUACUGCACUCUGAUUGGACUCAUGGCUUGGCGAGCCAACGCAGAGAUCUUGUUCCAUCACCAAUGGCCUCCAGCAAAGCUGACUGGUGCAAUAGGAGCCUGGCUUUUUAUGGUAUCGGACCUGACAUUGGCUACAAACCUGCUGUGUUUUCCCGUGCCAUUUCAGACUAUAAUUGUCAUGACCACCUACUAUGCAGCACAAUUGCUUAUUACCUUAGCUAUUGUAAGAGAUAAUAAAAAUAAGAGUGACUAGAUUUCCAGUGCUUAGUUAUGUGAUGGAGAAUUUUUAUGUUACACUCUACAGUGCUUUUGAUAUUUUUCAACAAACAGCAAAGGAUUAUAAAUAUAUCUUUAAUACAAAUCUCCAGCUUGUUACCUGUAUACAUAACCAACAUGUUUUUGCUUACACUUCGUUGUUAUAGAGUCACAGAUUUAUAGCAUUGUACGGCAUACAGACAGGCCCUUCGGCCCACCAUGUUGUAUGUACCUAUACUCAACCCACUUGCCUGCAUUAAUUCCAUAUCCCUCUAUGCCCUGCUCUUUCAAGAAUCUGUCCAGAUGACUCUUAAAUGUUGUUACUGUUCCUGCCUCCACCACCUCCUCUGGCAGCUCAUUCCAGGCACCAACUACUCUCUGUGUGAAAAAUUUAUCCUUCAGAUCCCCUUUAAACCUCCUCUCUCUCACCUUAAACCUAUGCCCUCCGCUUUUAGACACCCUGACCCUGGGAGACAGACUCUGGCUGUCUACCCUAAUUGUUCCUCUAAUAAUUAUAUGUACCUCUCUCAUUGCCACCUCUCAGCCUCCUUUGCUCCAGGGAAAACAGACCCAGCCUAUCCAGUCUCUCCUUAUAACUCAAGCUCUCCAAUCCAAGCAACACCCUUGUGAAUAUCUUUUGCAUCCUCUCUAGCUUAAUCACAUCUGUAACGUGGCAACCAGAACUGCACACAAUACUCCAAGUGCGGCCUAACCAAUGUUUUGUACAACAGUAACGUGAUGUUCCCACUCUUGUACUUAAUGCUUCAGCCAAUGAAGGCAAGCGUGCCCAACACCUGUGUACUCCUCGGUCUCUCUGUUCAACAACAGUCUCCAGGCCCUGCCAUUCACUGCGCAUGUCCUGGCCUGCCUAAACUUCCCAAAAUGUAUCACUUUGCACUUCAAUUUCAUUUGCCAUUCCUCUGCCCACUUUCUAUGUUGAUCUAGAUCCUGCUGUAACCUUAGACGACCUUUCUCGCUAUCCACCACACCGCCAAUUUUGGUGUCACCUGCAGACUUACUAAUCAUGUCACCUACAUUCUCAUCCAGAUCAUUAGUAGAUAUGACAACAACAGAGGACCCAGCACCAAAAUCUGCAGCACACCACUGGUCAGAGGCCUCCAAUCUGAGAAGCAACCUUCCAUUUACACUCCCUCCCUCCAACACCAAACCAAUUUUGUAUCCAAUUGGCUAGCUCACCCUGGACCCCAUGUAAUCUAAGCUUCAGGACCAGCCUACCAUGUGGGACCUCGUCAAAGGCCUUGCAAUAGUCCACAUAGACAACACCUACCACCCUGCUCUUGUUAACCCUCUUGGUCACCUCUUCAGAAAAGUCAAUGAGAUUCGUAAGACAUGAUUUGCCACACACAAAGUCAUGCUGACUAUCCCUAAUCAGUCCUUGCCAUUCCAAAUUCAAAUAAGUUCUGUCUCUUGUUACGGACUCGGUGAAUGUCCCUUUAAGAUAGAGUAGUAGUGUGUGUGUGUGUGUGUGUGUGUGUGUGUGUGUGUGUGUGUGUGUGUGUGUGUGUGUGUGUGUGUGUGUGUGGCGUGCUUACGUCAACAGAAGAUAAAGGACGUAAUGACGUUGUUGAAGAGGUCAGUCGAAGUCAAAGAGGGAGAGAGAGAGAGAGAGAAAAAGGAGAGAGACGCCAGCCUGCUAGUUUCUCUAUCGAUGGAUGAGAAACAAUAACUGUGUCUGUUACUACAAUCCACGUAUGGAAAUUGGAAGUAAUCCGGUGGAGUUCACUUUGUUGCUGACCUGUAGAGGGAAACAGGUAUUUGUGUGGAUGACCAUGAGUCGGAUGCUUUUCAGGGUGAGGAAGUCACUACCGUAAACACUGAGGUGUUGUUUGGGUUCCAUCGUGGAACAUUUGGAUUGCAUGAUUACUCUCUCUAUGUUUUCUACAUCUACGUCUUAUCUUCAGACAACGGUGGUUGUUGAAGAAGCCUUUGCUCACGUUUCACCUUAUGGCUUGCUGAACUGAACUUUAAGAACCAUUCCUGGACUUGGAGUUUGGGACUUUGCCACAC